AUGGCUAAAGCUGUCAAAAAAGGCAGUAACUCAAGAGACUAAUGCGAAGACUCAAAAGGUUAAGCUUAAGGUCAAACUCAAGCUCAAGAUCAAACUGAAACUGAAGCUCACGCCCAUGCUCGUGCUCAUGCUUAUGCUUAUGCUUAUGCUUAUGCUCAUGCUCAUGCUUAUGCUCAUGCUCAUGCUCACUCUCAUUCUCAUGCUCAUGCUCAUGCUCAUGCUCAUGCUUAUCACAAAGCUCAAACUAAAGCUCAGGUUCAAGCUCAGACUCACUAG